UGGUGGUUGGGCCGGCUAGCGUGAUGCGUGAUCACAUGUGCGCCACUUUAACGUUUUUUAAAGAACAGAUCAAAAAGAUCAGAUCAGAUAAAAAAGAUCAGAUACCCCGCCGCAGACAGCCCCACCAAAAUUUGAGCCCCGAUUUGCAUCUUUGGACGCAGCGCAGCGAUCACCACCUAAUUUACUCUUCCUGAAGUCCCAACGUCUACGUCUCACACUCCUUCAAACAAACCAUGGCCGUCGCAGAAGAAACCCAGUCGAAGCAGGUCGCCUCGCUGCGCCAAAUUCUCACAUCCGAGCAGGAGCCUCUUGCGCGCCGCUUCCGCGCGCUCUUCUCGCUCAAGUACCUCGCUUCGCUGCAGCCGCCGAGCGAGGAGACGGUCCCUGCAAUUGAGGCGAUUGCUGCGGGCUUUGGAUCGCCGUCUGCGCUGCUCAAGCACGAGCUUGCGUACUGCCUCGGCCAGUCGCGCCACGAUGCUGCGAUCGAGCCGCUGAGGCAGGUGUUGAUGGACAGGCAGGAGGACGCUAUGUGCAGGCACGAGGCGGCUGAGGCGCUGGGCGCGCUGAGCGACAAGAGCAGUCUGGACCUGCUGAGGCAGUUCAGGGACGCCAAGGACGAGCCGGAUGUCAUCACUGAGACGUGCCAGAUCGCGGUGGACAGGAUUGAGUGGGAUCACGGACUGCAGAAGGGGCAGGAGAAGCUCAAGCAGAGUGACUUCACGUCCAUCGACCCGGCGCCGCCGAUGCCCCAGACCUCGGACAAGCCCUCCAUCCCCGAGCUCGAGAAGACACUGCUUGACACCAAGCUCCCGCUGUUCCAGCGCUACCGGGCCAUGUUUGCGCUGCGCGACCUCUCGUCGCCGCCUGACCUGCCCACUGCCGUCCCAGCUGUGCACGCGCUCGCCCGUGGCUUCGAGGACCCAUCUGCGCUCUUCCGCCACGAGAUUGCGUUUGUCUUCGGCCAGCUGUCGCACCCUGCGUCCAUCCCGAGCUUGACAAAGGCGCUGAGCAACACGGCCGAGGCGAGCAUGGUCCGCCACGAGGCCGCGGAGGCUCUCGGCAGCCUGGGUGACGAGGAGGGCGUGGAGGGCACUUUGCGCAAGUUCUUGAACGAUUCGGAUCAGGUGGUGCGAGACAGCUGCGUCGUGGCGCUGGACAUGGCCGAGUUUGAGAAGAACGGUGAGAGGGAGUAUGCUAUCAUCCCCUCGCAGGAGACGGCCGUUGCGGCUUAGGUUGGGUCGGAGUGCGUGCAUGGUUACAAGGCGUUUGGCAUUAGAAAGGUAGAGGUAAAAGCAAGACUCCGCUCAGUUGUUGGUGUUCCACCUGAGGAUAUCGUUAGCAUAGGUCAAUAUUCACCAUACUGAGCUCGACUCACUUGUGA